AUGAAGAAAGAAAGAACAAGUAUUCCUUCAGUCAAUUCUACUCCGGGAUCCAAAUUUGACAAGUUUCGAUGGGAACAACAUCAAAUAAAUAAAUUGUAUGGUACAGCGGAUAUAUCCUUUUAUGAUUAUGGGUCAAUCGAAGAUUAUCGGAUACGAGAUUGGUUAACCUCAAAUAUUGUCGUGGACCGAACUCUCGAAAAGCAUAGAAAUUUGGUAAAGAUAUUGGUUAAUAUCUUUGAUGGGAGUUGCUUACAUAUGUCAACUCAGAAAAGACUUAUGACUCAAGUGAACUAUGGAAUUUAUAAUAAAUUGAUUCUAAGCUUAUAG